UCGGCGUUGCGGCCCGCGGUGGGGAACCAGCGAGAGCGGCGGGUCCGCCGGGGUCGCGCGCGAGGGCGGACUCCAUCACCUUCCUGGAAAGAUGGGCAACGCAGAAAGCAGCUCCUAUCAGAAUCAUCUUUCCAGGUUUCUUCCUGAAGAACAGACGGAUAUUGAUAAAGUAUUUGAGACCUUAUCUGGGGUGGAUGGUCCAGCAGGAGUAAAGAAUGAAAAAACCACCAGAAAAUUUGUGACUCUGGCAAAGCUAAAGGCCUACACACAACAAGCAUUACCAGAGCAGAUGACCGUCAGAUUAUUCAAUGGAAUGAGAAGUGUCAACCUGCCUAGGAAGGCUGCUGGGCCAAGCGAACAGAUCGUUAAAGAGCAGUUCGUAAUGUUUAUGUCAUACCUUUUAAAAGGCCUGGCGGAUGAGAAGAGUGGCAUCAUAAUGGGAAUGAUCUCUGAGACGGCAGGGCCUGUGACGGGGAAACAGAUCCAAGAGUUCACAGAGCAUCUGGUCACUGCUACAGUCCAUGUACUGAACUACAGGAAGGAGCUGAAGGGCUGGGAUCUGGAAAAGACUCAAGAUAUUGCCAGCGGAGUAAAGACUUUGGCUUCUCAACUGCUGUCAGAACUGAGACCUGCAGGUGGAGAGAGUCUCGUGGGUGCUGAGCUACAAGAUGCCACGUGCGAUCAAAGUGUCAUUGAGGACUGGGUGUUUCGAGUGCCACAGAUCUCUACUUUCCUCAGCAUUGUUAUCAGGCUGGGGCUCCUUGUUCUUCAUUCAAUUCCAGACGAGGCCAAAGACCUAGUCAAUUUGGUUCCCAAAUGCAAAGGCGUCAAAGGAGAAGGAUUUGUUAGUCUCCUUGACAUGCCAUCCAUUAUUUAUAUCAACUCCCAUCUGCCAACGGAGCUGCAGCACAAAUGGAGGCUUCUGUUUUCUUCUAGGCUUCACGGAGAAAGUUUUUCACAGCUAUGUGGCCAUGUUGUAAAUAAGGGCCCCUGCCUACUGGUCGUAAAGGACACAGAUGGAUACAUCUUUGGCGGGUUUGCAUCACAUUCGUGGGAAGUUAAACCGCAGUUUCAAGGUGACAACAGAUGCUUCUUGUUUUCCAUUUUCCCGACUCUUGCCAUGUACUUGUACACUGGAUACAAUGACCACUACAUGUACCUGAAUCAUGGGCAGCAAACUAUGCCAAAUGGACUCGGCAUGGGUGGGCAGCACGAGUACUUUGGGCUCUGGAUAGACUGUGACUAUGGGAAGGGACACAGCAAAGCAAAAUCUAGAUGUACCACCUACAACAGUCCUCAGCUGUCAGCUAAGGAAGACUUUACACUAGAUGCCAUGGAAGUGUGGGCAGUGGGAGAGGUCCCAGAAACUGAAGAGAUAAAGGGUAAGAAGAGUGUCCUUGAUGCUGACCCUGAGACUCAGGCCUUGCUGGAAAUGACAGGGAAGAGUCGUCAGAGCGAAGGGUUGCGAACACCGGUGGAAGACGAUGAUAAUUGAAGUGAUCUUGUGACUCAGGAAAUUCUACCUGAUUCGGAGACCUAAAUUUUCUCAGACAGGAGAUUUUCUCCUCUGUUUCUACUUGCAUAAUUUCCUGAAAGUAGCAUGAAGUAUGAGCAUGUAAUAUGUAGGUUCUGGAAGAUGGCAUGACUGUAGGUUAUUUGUGUGGGGAGAGUCAGCAUUUUAAAUAGCUGAUUAAGCCCUUUAUUAAUGCUGUGUUGGUUGUAGCGCUGUAUAAAUUGGAUAGCCCUCCUAGUAGGCCCAUCUUCCUCUCAUCAUGCAGAAUUAAGAACAAAUAUUAGCACUGCUGCAUAUUGACAUGGAGUAUUAAUUGGGACUAUAUAUAGGCUGUUCAAAGAUGUCAAACAAGCUUCUGAUACCUCAGCUGAAAACUUAUUUCUGGCAGAUUAAAUCAGGUCCAUCAGUGUGUUAUUUACAGUAACAAAGCAAAUUAAGUGAAUCUUCCCUAAAAGAUGAAUUGGACUGUUGUGUGUACAGAGAGUUUAAAAAAUGUUUCAAAAUCCAGCUUUUCGAUACGUUCUAGUGUACAGGAUUUUAUGCAGAAAUACGAAACACUGGAUGUAGUGUUUCUGGCAUUGCACUGAAUUAUGUUACACGUGACUUGUUUCGAGUUCUAGUUAAUUCAUGAGUUGGUAUAGAAUAUGCCCUGUUGCUUUUACAUUUAGCAAAAUGUAAAGGUCAGAGAACCAUUUGGCAACACAGGACUCCUAACCAGUUGACCCAGUCCUGUAAUCUUUUUACUCAGGAAUAACUCCCAUUGGACAGAUUGACACAUCUCAUGGAAAAUGACUUCACUGGUGGCCUCAUCCAAAACUGGUGUGCAGGGUUAGGCCAUAAGAAGUGAUAAGUCACAAGCCUUGCACAGAUGCCUUGAAUGGUUCAAGUUUAGCAUUGCCUGGAAAAAGAAUUUUUUCAUACUCUGGUUUUGGUUUUAGAAAAACUAACAAUCAGGAUAUUUUUUUUUAAAGUACCUUAACUCCUAGUACACCACUACUUUUCCUCGUUUCUCUAUUUACUGCACUUGUCUCUGUUGGUGAGUAGUUACACUCAGGGCUUUUUGUAUUAGAUUCCAGUCCCAGCAACCAGUACGUUGGUAGCUUGACUAUUGCUGACUUUCCAACUAUGUAAUUAACUAAUUAAUAACACCUACUUGCACUGGGGACCAUUCCAUCCCAUCCCAGGUAAAGAAACAGGGAAUUGAAACUCAGUAUUUGUCCUCAUGAUUAAUACGUAUAAUUGAGCAUGCCUUUUCCUAGUAAAAAAGAUGGUUUCAAAGAAUCUUCCUAUUCCACUGUCUGUUGUCAGAGAGGGGACUUGAAUUUUCACUGUUACCACAACUUAGUGCAAAUAACAUCCUGUAACAGUAUAUAUGUAGAUACAGAUAGGCUCCAGUUAGGUCUAACACUAACCUGAAAGUAUAUUCUGAUAUACCUUUUACCAUGGUGCUUGUGUAUAGGGUGCUGAAGUAGGCCGUUUCAAUUAGCCUGCACUUGUGCCUUCAAUGUAUACUGUGAAAAGUAAUGGUUCUGGAAAGGGGAAUGUGAAUGGAUCCCUCCAGCUCUUGCUCUUGGUAAUCAGCUACACAUGUUGUAUUCUACCUAUAAUGAUGGUUAUGGUGUAUAUGGUGUCUAGUUAAACACAUAGAUGUGUCAGGCCUGAGCCAGUAUUCUCAUACCUAUACCUUCGGGUGUCUAUACAUAUGCUCCAGGAUGGAGGGGAGAGAGUGCAUUAACUAAAGCUGCUCUGAUAGCUGCUUUAAUUAAAAGUCUUUAAUUUCUGUGUCAUGUGUAUUCAGCAUCCCACUCUUCAA